AUGGAAGGCAUCGCACAUUCUGCCUAUCCCCAAGCACGGCUGAUCUACGCGAUUGAAUUACUUGAGGCCAAUAAAUACACUUCCCGCAGCCUCGAAAAUCUUGGAGACCUUGAACAGAGACAAGAUCAUGGGCAGAGAACAGCCUACUUAAUGCAGCUCAGCAUGGGUUCCCCGAAGAAAGAUCUUGUGAUGCUUGCCAGCCCUCUUUCUUUGAUCAUGUAUUACGAUAUAAAGACAGCGGCUUUGCACUUUACACCCUGUUGUUCGAAUCCACUAAGGCUUUUGAUCCUGAUGAUCAUGAUCUCCUCCGCCUGA